AUGAGGGCAGCAGAAUUCUACAAAUCAAACCCGUACCUGAUCCGUAAGACAAGUCGGUCGAAGGAAGAUUCGUCCUAUUCCGGCAGUGGAACUAGGACCAUCAUCUGGCUUGAGCAAGAAGCAAGAGCAGCCGCCUAUUAUCUGGUGAUCUUCCUUUCCGUUCUGCCGAUUUCCCAAUGUGUGAGAGCGAGGCCGCACAUUGUCUUCUUUCUUGCGGAUGACGUGGGAUGGGCAGACGUGAGUUUCCACGGUUCCUCUCAGAUACCGACGCCAAACCUGGAUGCCUUGGCUGCUGAUGGCGUGAUUCUAAACAACUACUAUGCCCAGCCAUACUGCACUCCAUCAAGGGCUGCUCUCAUGACGGGAUUUUAUCCGAUACGCACAGGCAUGCAGGGCAUCCCGAUCGAUGUGGGUGAGCCGUGGGGUAUGCCGACGAACUUGCGCAUUCUGCCUCAAUAUUUAAAGGAGUUUGGCUACGAAACUCAUUUGGUUGGAAAGUGGCACCUUGGAUCUUACAAAGAGAGCCUUACGCCGACAUGCCGGGGCUUCGACAGUUUUUAUGGUUAUUACUAUGGAGAGCAAGAGUACUACGCUCACACAACGAGCUAUAAAAACCACACCGGCCUAGACUUAUGGUUCAACAAGAAGCCAAUGUGGUCACACAGUGGAAUCUACUCAACUUCACUGUACACAAGGAGAGCGCAAGAUAUAAUCAGAAACCGAAAGAAAUCCAAGCCGCUCUUUCUUGUGGUGAGCUAUCAGGCAGUACACUCAGCCGUAGGCGCAGAGCCGCUCCAGGCGCCGUAUGAAAAUGUCAAGAAGUUCUCCUACAUCGGAGAGAAGAACAGGACAAUAUAUGCAGGUAUGCUUGACGCAUUGGAUCAGUCAGUCGGCGAGGUGGUAGAGUCGCUAAGCGACGCGGGAAUGUUGGAGAAUACCGUCAUCGCCUUCAGCAGCGACAACGGCGGAGGGCCUUGGGGCAGACACAAUUCUCGUGGCAUCAACUGGCCGCUGCGAGGAGCCAAAGGCACGCUCUGGGAAGGAGGCACCAGGGCGGCCGCUUUCGUCUGGAGUCCCCUGCUUGCUCGGAAGCAGCGGGUAUCCCACGGACUGAUGCACAUCACGGACUGGUUGCCCACGUUCUACUCGAUCGCCGGUGGGAACCCAACCAAGCUUGCAGGCCUGGACGGACACAACAUGUGGUAUCACUUGUCGCACGGGCUGCGAUCGCCCCGCGUCGAGGUGCUAUACAAUUACGACUAUAGGUUCUCGAAUUCAUCGGGGCUGAGGAACUUGCGCUACAAGCUGGUCCUAGACGGCACCGGUGUGUUCACCGGUCGCUACGGCGUACCAGGUGGAAGCCGUCCACGCCGUGACCUCGACCGUCUGCUUGCUCGUUCAACCGUGGCUGGUGUGCUGAUGGAAAUGUAUAACACUGACCACCUCGCCCUUCCUGAAGGCUGGAGGCAGCGGGCAACGCUAACGUGUGGUAAAGGAAACGUUACAAACUUCCUGUCCAACACUUCUGUGUACCUCUUCGAUAUUGUCAGAGAUCCCUGUGAGCUGAAUAACUUAGCCGACCAACUUCCGAAUGUCGUGAACUCUUUAAAGAAACGUCUGGACAUGUAUCAAGAAGCUGCUGUGCCCAUGCUAAAUAAGUUGACCCCUGAUCCUGACAGUUUUCCCGAGAAACACAGCGGAACGUGGUCGCCAUGGGUGCCAUCGUCAUGCCGGACAUCUUGUAGUUAAAACAAAAUAUUUAGUGCAAGCAUUCUAAAAUUAUUAGUGAGGAAAACAUAAUUAAAGGGUGAUGAACAUUUUGUGAAAUCCUCUUUUGUUGAACUUAUCUAUGAAAUCUGAAAACGUACACAGGUU